AUGGAUUUACCGUCGCCAGCAGACGUCGCGAUUAUGAGCCUGAGUACGUCACGUAGUUCGUCCACUCCCUCCUUGAAUGGCGAUAAAGAUUGCCAGUCGCUGGAUAGUUUUUAUAGAUCUUCAGAAGAAGAUGAUGAUUUCGACACCGUUAACUUGGACGAGUAUAUUAAACCUAGUCUCAAACGAUAUCUGUACCCACAGAAAGAGUUCGUGGAGGAGCUAAGGCCCGAAGAGGUUAGGUGGUUCUAUAAACACGAAGGGGGUAAAAAGUGGACGUCUUUUAUAGGGUAUGAUUCUCUGAGGAUUGAGUGCAGGUUCCGAGCUUUGAAACUCAGUAACGAAAACGGCGAUAUUGACGAAAAUGAAAGAAUUCUUGUCAGAGGUGGAUUAUAUGAAGUUGAUGUCAAGAAUAAAAAAUGUCUCCCUGUGUACUGGACUGAAGAUGAAUCGGACAUUGUCAGAGGUGUCUGGUUUGAGGAGGGACACUGGCAGCCAUUAGAUGAGAGCUUUUCCAUUCAGAUAGAGACGGAACAUUUAGCUAAGUUCAGAGGUCACCGCCUGGAAGAAGCACCAGAGUCAGCAAAAGGACCUAAACCAGUGAUUCACAACAUUAGGUUCAAGGAUUUUCAUGUGGACUGGAAUGCAACAAAUGAGAUCUACAAAUACAAUGAGUCCAGGUCAUCAAAGAUGAUACGCAAUGUUCGUCAGACCCUGGGCUGGCAAAAAUCUGGAACUCGUUUGCGACGAGGCUACUGUUAUGAGGCAAUAAUGGAUGACAAGCCACCAGAUAUAAACCACCUAGUGUUCGUCAUUCAUGGUAUCGGCCAGAAGAUGGAUACUGGAAGCAUAGUUCGCUGCACCAGGGAAGUACGAGACCGUGUCAAGUACAUGAGAGCAAAGAUGUUUCCAGAAUUUGAUACGGUUGGCCAGAGAGCAGAGUUUUUACCUGUCCAGUGGCGGUCAUCUCUGAAGCUGGAUGGAGAUACGGUCGAGUCAGUGACACCACACAAAAUGAAAGGAGUCCGCAGUGUUCUCAAUAGUUCUGCCAUGGAUGUCUUGUACUACACCAGUCCUCUAUACAGAUCUGAGAUAACCAACAGUUUGAGGACAGAAAUAACCAGGCUGUACCAUACAUUCUGUUCAAGACAUCCAUAUUUUGAAGCGAGCAAUGGCAAAGUCUCAAUAGUUGCACACUCCCUGGGUGCUGUGAUAUCAUUUGAUAUCAUCACAGGUUGGAACCCAGUGAAUCUGUAUGACCAGCUCAUGAAUUCUUUGUUGGCAGAAGAAGAGGAGGAUGCUUGUGGCAAUGAUGAACUAUUGUUGGAUAUCAAUGUAGCGAAAGCCAAGGUGCAGGAUCUUGAAUUGUUGAUGAAAUCCAUUAGGGAUCGGCAGGGAAAAGUUAUUCAGUCGUUGCCUUUUAAUGUUGAAAACUUGUUCUCUAUUGGAUCACCCUUGGCUGUUUUCCUGGCCUUAAGGGGUGUGAGACCUCAAGGAAUCGGCUCCCAGGACCACAUUAUACCCACUUCUCUAUGCAAGCGUUUGUUUAAUAUUUUCCACCCGUCUGAUCCUGUUGCCUACAGACUGGAGCCUUUGAUCUUGAAGCAUUACUCAACCAUUAUGCCUUUACAUAUUCAUCAUUUUUCUGCACCCAAAAAGGAGCCUUACUCUAAAAUCCCUAGCAGGGCCUAUGCUGCAUUCACUGGAGCCCUGGAUGAGCUGACCAAAGACAAGACUAAAUUUGAGGACAACGGAGACAGUGAGGGCAGUGGCAGGGACGAACCAACUGACCCCUCGGUUCAGGUCAAAGGACAAAAAUUUUCCCUAGCUGGAUGGUUCAACAACCGCAAGAAGAAAGAAGCCGCAGACAAACUGUCAGCAGAGCUGCAGAUGAUGAACAAGAUUGGCAAGGAGUACGAGACUCAGAUGCAGAAGGAGAUCAUCUAUACUGACCAGGAUGAGCUGGACAAGACUGCCAUGAUGGAACAUCUCUUUA